UGGAGUGCGUUCGUGGAACUCCACGGAGCACAUUUGUACAUGAUUUGCCGGUCAUGCCCUGCUGUAAAAGCCUUCUUCUUUCUCUGCAGUGUAUUCGGCUUUAUCGUUGUCAGUUUUUGUAGCAAUUGUCUCCUGUAGGUGAGCGGUGACGCCGGCGAUGGUUGGGAGGAGUUUCACAAGUGAAAUUCAAAGGGUUGAGUCGUUCGACGUUCAUCACGAACCGAGUGCUGUUAUCUUAGCGGGGCUGAGACGCUCGGGCGGGCAGGACUCGGCCGAACGCGAACAGGUUUCGCCAGGGCUGGUUUUCGCCUUGAAGCUGAAUAGCUUUGGGUGGGGUUUCGCCGACACCAGGAAUGUACCGCGGAUGCGUUCGCUGAACGGGGUGAAAAUAACCGACUUUUUCGGAACGGAAAAAAGUUUCUUUACCGGCGACUGCAAGUAACACAAACGUAAAGGUUGUUUCACAUGCUCCACCAUGGCCCACCGCUCACAGAGUUCUUCAUUGGGCGACAACCCCCUGGAUCCCAAUUACUUGCGUCCGCAUUACAGAGAAGAGUAUCGCAUGGCUAUUGAUGCCCUGGUGGAGGAGGACGUUGAGGGCUAUUACAACUUUUUACAAAGUGCUAAUGUAGUUGACUUUUUAUCAAGGUCAGAGAUUGAGCAUAUUAAAAGCACUGUGCAAUCACCACAGAGUGCUGGAAAUGUACCAGAACUGCCAUAUCGAGAAAUAGAUCAGGAUGCGUCUUCUGACACCUACUGGCCACUGCAUUCUGACUUGGAUGCACCAGGACUAGACCUUGGCUGGCCUCUGCAGCAACAUAGUUUUGUGGGGCCCACAGAGGUCACAAUGUUGGUAAAUCCUGCUGACCCUGAGCGGCCCAGCAUUAAGGAGCAGGCCCGGCAACUCAUCAAAAAUGCUCAUCAGGUAAUUGCAGUGGUAAUGGAUAUUUUCACAGAUGUUGAUAUAUUUGCCGAUCUUUUGGAUGCUGCAGUACGUCAUGUGCCUGUCUACAUUCUGCUGGAUGAACAAAAUGCCCAUCAUUUUGUUAACAUGGUGGCAAGCUGUAAAGUUAACCUGGAUAUGAUCCAUAUGAUGCGGGUACGGACAGUGGCAGGCAUUACCUAUUUCUGCCGCACAGGAAAAUCAUUUAAAGGUCAAGUGAUGGACCGUUUUCUUCUGACAGACUGUAGAGCAGUGAUCAGUGGAAACUAUAGCUUUAUGUGGUCUUUUGAGAAGAUCCACCGCUGCAUUGCCCAUUUGUUCCUUGGAGAACUAGUUGCCACAUUUGAUGAAGAGUUUCGUAUAUUGUUUGCUCAGUCUCAGCCUCUUGUUAUUGAAAAUGCCCUUGUACCCAUGCCACAAGACAGUACAAGUAGUUACCUUGGCAACCAGUUUGGCUUAAAAAGGACUCAGUCACUAAGGAAUCCCAGAGGAUAUCCUCGCCAGCCUGAACUUACUGGUUACCCAUUUGGGGAUCGUCUUGACACCAUACCAACUUUUCGGAGGGAUGACCCGUUCCGCCAUACACUUGAACCAAGUGCAGGUCCUAUGCAGGUCACCAAAUAUGCAACACAGCAGUUCAGGAUGCAGCAGUCAUUCUUGGAUCCAGGACGCUCAAUGUUAGCCUCCAGGCAGCUGGAAAUGAAUGCCUUUAAGAGGCAUAGCUACGCCGAGGGCACCCGUGAGACCUACGCCUCCUCCCGUCAGUACAUGAAACAGCGUGUAAUGAACAACUUGGAGGAGAUGGAAUCGCAUUACCAGCGAGAACAACAAUACUAUCAUAGUGAGGGCAUGGGACCGGAUUCUGAGCGUGGGCACUAUGACCGCCUUAACCACGGCAUGUACCAGACAGAUCAACACUCUGAUCCUGCAUAUCCUCCUGAACUUGAAGCACCAGGAAAUCUGAAUGUUUUAUCCUCUGACGACCUCAAAAGUGAUUCAGAAAAACAUUACAACUCAGGAGGGGGACGAUACGGUCCUCAAACCCACCAGAGGCCUGCUGCGGGCCAUGCAUAUGCCUGUCAGAGUUCGCCGACUCAGACACAUCCUCCAGACCACAAGCAGUUGUUCUCCACUGGAGAGCAGGUACGGCAGUCUCAAGACCCCAGUGUGAAGCAGGGAUUGCGGAGCUGGAGAAUCAACUCUUAUCUCAGCACUUAUGAAGAUGUAGGAGAGGAGGGCCUGCAUCAACCAAUGGGUCCAGAUGCUUUUGAUGAGCCACAUCAACAACCUGACAGCAGACUUUAUAGCUCAGAGGGACCAGGCCUUCAUUUAAGAGAGCGUCCGAAUAUCCCAACUAAGCCAAACCUUGACUUGCGGCCACGCUUUGGUAAACCCAUCAUACAAGAUAGGAAUCAAGUGAGAGAUAUUAGCUCUGACCUGGGUCCCACAAGUACUGACACAUUAAAACCAGCCAUUUCAGCUUCAUCACUAGCAUCUUCAACAGACAAUGAGAAGGAGCCAGAACCGAGGGAACCAAGGGAAAUCAGCAUUACCAAGCAUGAGUCGUUCCGAUCUCGAAUUAACCCAAUGCUGCAAAGGAGCUCAAGACUAAGGUCUUCUUUAAUCUUCAGCUCCUCAAAGCUGGAGCAACACAGCUCCUCGCAAGCCAAGUCUGGUGGGGAGUUACAGGAGGAAAAAGAUGAGAGUGAGCCUAUUCGAUACUCAUCUAUUGUGGCAGAAAUUCUGGAAAAGAGGAGAUCGUGGUCAAGAGAGCCGUUUGACUGGAAUAAGCAUAAAAAAGCAGAUGACAAAGAUGUUAAAAAUGAAUCAACAGGAGAUCUGACUACGAUCAGAGACGCCAAAGAAAAGCCCAUCAAAGAAAAAGAGCAACCUGAGAAACCUGACAACCCUGAACCUGAGGACAACAAAAUUACACAGCCAACAGAGCCUUCGAGAUCUCCGCAAACAACUUCUUCCCUAAGCAUGAAUGAUCCAGCAAGCAGACUUCAGUACUUCAAAAAUUUGGAAGAAAAGAGAAAGAGCUCAAAAUUAGAGUUAGAUUUGGGUACUAAAAGUCGAGAAGCAGACAUGAAAAAGCCAGACCUCUCUGAUACAGCAAACAAAGUUCCAAAUGUGCUUGUUACUUCAGAGUUGUCCACUGUAAAGACACAAGAGCCAUCAGUUACGCUAACAGAUCCUGUACCACAGCGCCUGGUGAUUGCAACAAAACCAUCUGAAGUCUCUGUGGACAGGCCGCUCACGAACAGCAAAACAGAGAGCACAGCUGAUGCAUCAAAGAAAGAGCCCGCUAAGGAACCAACUAAGUCACUUCGGCCUUUCGCGUCAGCCAAGUUCUUAAAACCAUUUAAAGCCUCUCAAUCUUCUCAUCGUCGUAUCUCAUGCGGUGAGGAGAUUCUUACAGACGCAACAGAUGCUGAAAAGAGUGAGCUUAAGAAGUCUCGCAGCUUCAGCUCAUCGGGCAUCACCCGUGCAGAGUCCAAAGAAAGCCUGAGCUCCCUAAACCUUGGGAACUCUGAUGGCAAAGAUACAAAGGCCCUUGAUUUCCUCAAGAAACAAACACAGAGAUUAAAGGGUUUCCUUGGGCCAAAGGGAGAAAAGAAGCACUCAGGAGUCUCCAACUCUCAAGAGGACAAGUCAAUGAAAACAGUCCCUGAGGUGCAAGAGGAGCCCUCAGACAAAGAGAAACCAUCUGAAUCCCUAUCAUCUUCAACCACAGUAGAGAACAACAAACCCAAUGCUAAACCGACUCCAACACGCUAUCAGUCCUCUACAUCAAAUGUGAUAUUCAGCAGCAACCUCAGGGAUGAUACCAAGGUGAUCCUAGAGCAAAUCUCAGCAAAUAGCCACAAGAAUAGAAAGCAGAAUGAAGAGUCUGGGAAAGGCGAGGGGGGCAAGGAAGAAGAAGUUUCCAAUUCAUCCUUCCAAUUUCAAAACCGGAGCGGGGUCAGCCGAACUACAGUAAAUCUACAGGAGAGGGACAAUCUGCUGAAGAGAAUAGAGAGUAUGCGCAAAGAAAAGAAGGUCUACAGUCGUUUCGAGAUGGGGAAUAACUUGGGAUAACAAAAUAUGGAUGAAGGCGGCCAAUGUUCCUCACAGAGAACUGUAAAGAGAACCUGAAACCAUACAAAAAAAUAUUGUACCAAACAUCCCCAAUACUCCUGUGAACAGACAAAGAGAAGCAAGUAAGUUGCUUCACAUAAAAGCGUCUACUAAAAGACUAGUAAUCUACAUGGUACAUGGAUCUCAUAUAAACAGACCACGAAAAUAGCUCAACCUCAAAUAUGAGGAUUCAUGCUGCAGCAGGAUGAAUAUUCCUUGCUCUGUGCCAAUCUGAGCCCACAGAUGAUUCACUUUGCCCUUAUAAGGCAUUAGGGCAUACCUCAUAACAGUAAUCAUUCACCAUCCCUGCAAAACAUAGAAACACAAAUCAGGCCAAAGGAGGGUUCAAACUUCAAGAGGAUUUUCUCAGCUUUUCCUUUUUCUUCCUUACCUUAUAGUUAUAUAUGAUGUGUAUGUACAAGUGCACACAAUUUCCAACUUCCAAAGGAAAUUAACAUGUCUGGGCAGAAGCUGAGAUAUGCUACUCUGAAGGCACCAAAACACACCCUCUUUAAAGUACACCACACAAACGCCCCAGGACAUGUCAAUGCUGAAAUUAUGCUUUGGUGGUGACCGUGCCAGUGGAUCACAGGCAUAAAAGAAACCAGAGAUGGUUGGUAGACAACGCUUGUACUUUUGAAGGCAAAGAACACAGAAACUAUGGAACCUGAAACUGUCAAGAGAUGAUUGGAAAAUAUGUAUGGGAUGUCUGAAAAUGAAAGGAGGCCUGUUCAUUAAUUUUUCUCCUCUAUCAACAUUGUGCUAUCAAGAAAGUGGAUUGAAAGCUGAGAAAGUGAUGUGAGGGGUAGAGUUUGAAUUAAUUUUAUUUAAUUGGCAAUCAGAACUUGCAGUAUAAUGGUUUCAGAUAUACUACACAUAUACAUUCCUGCAUGAACUGUUGUCAGGAGAAACUGUAAAAUAUUAGAUUGAUAAAGAAAUUCUCAGGACUGGGCAUUAGCCUUCAUUUUGUCAAUGCAAAAUUUAAGACAGAACGGUAUUACUGAACACCAAAGAUUUCCCAGAGUGCCCUGCUGGAUGUGUCAUAGGACUGAUUUAUGGAAACUGGAAGCUGAUCUAAUGAGGAAUAACUGAUUUAGAAGUAUGAUGGAAUUAAACUUUGAUAGAGUGUCAUCAGUUUGUUUUUAUUUUUAUUAAUGCAAAUUUUGGGGAAUUUAGACAAUUUUUUAUUGUGUCUUAUAAAUUCUAAAUAAAUGGUUUAGAAACUUAUAUUCUAGGUACAGGAUGAUUUUAUUAACAGUAUUUGUUCACAAGUAUUUGUUGACAAAACAGUUGGUAACAAGUUAAAUUAGAACAAUGGAACAGAAUGGAAAAGAAUAUAGGCUAUACGCCGCUUCUUUGUAAUAUUCAUAUUUGUUGGAAGGAAUUAGAUACUCAGCUCAAGUUUGCAAAAUCUGUUUGAGAUAUUCAUGAUGCAUUUUCACAAGUGUCCAUGCGCAUCUCUGCAUUCUGGGUGUAGCUUAACCCGUCCAGAAGCUUGGUCAACUGCUCCAGCUUCUGUUGUUCUGUAGGGAUGGACACAAACACACAGGAAAAUAUCAGAUUACUCUGAGGAUGAUGUUGGUCUCUUGUUUAAGGGCUGUCAGUCCAAUGUUACGAGCUCAGUUCUAGGUCCAUAAACACUUGGGUAUGAGGUUACAUUCCUGUGCAAUCCCAUCAUUGCAAGUACUCUAGCCUUAGAAUGUUUAAAAUUGGCUAAAUUCAGAAUAGCGUAUUACACUUAAUAUGUCUACCAUAACUUUAUUCAGUAGAGUAGUAAUGCUAAUAUGCUAUUCCGAAUUCAGUGACUGCCUUGUUGACUGGCCAAAUAAGUCAUUUUGGAAAAAUGACUGGACUAAUUAGACUUCUACGUCUCAAUGAAUCCAGAACGCAUCAAAUUUCACACUAAGCACACAUCUACACACUGGUCGUAUUGGAGAGGACCAUAAAAACUAAGCAAUGGAACAAAAUUUAUAUUAAAACGUACCAGCCUUCAGCAGAUGCUCAGUGGUGUACUCUGCAGACUGUAUUUCUGCUGGAAGUCUUUGUGGAGUCUGGAGAAAGAAAACAAAAACAAAACAAAACAUAAGACAUAAAUGCUAUUAUCAAAUGCUAUUGUUCUAAGCCGUUUCUAUUUUACAGUUACAAAUAAAGAAAGCUCAGUUGCUUUUAGUUUAAUAUCCAUUCUCAUAGGUCACUUACAAAGACAUUGGACAGGUUUUUAUGCUGCUCCAUUAAUUGCUGAAGCUGACUCUCAAACCUCAUCCUAAAAUGAAAUUAGAUUAGUUAAAAUGCGUUAGAAUUUCAAAAGAAGUCUCUCUUAGCAAUAAAAUAUGUUCUCAUAUUUUAGAAUUGUCAGUUAUUCCUGAUACCAUCAGUAAUGGCUUGUGCUGCUGAACUAGUAGGUUUUGGCAUUUCAGUUUGAAUGUGGGCAUUUCAAUAAAUGUUCCUCCGAUACAUGGAAUGCAAUUCUAAGAAAUGACACAGCAUCUCAUGUCUAUUUCUAAUAUCUAAAGAGACAACUAUUAAACUAUUUCCCUUCGCUGUUAAAAACAGUAAGUCAUACCGAGUCUUUCUGUGCUUUAGUUUGGUCUCCUGGAUCUGAAGGCAAUACUGCUUUACUGCUUCCUCUUUCUGAUGGUUCUGCUCAAGCUGCCUACAGAGUUACAAGUUAGAUCAUAAAUCAAAUAAAAUGAUGCCAUCUAGUACGUCUCACAAACAUUUCUGUUAACAUUAAGUAAUAAAAAUGACAAAAUGCUGCUCUCAACGUCAUCCUAUUUCAAUAUGAUUUGUGUAAGGUAUCAAGUGAAUACACACCCUUUUACAAGACUCACUGAUCUGAGAACAAAGUUCAGUGUUUUGGUGACUCGUUGUGAUUCACACGUGAGCAGCUUCCAUGUGAAGUGCAGUAGUUCAGUGUCUAAAUACUCAUGAGUGUUGUAUGGAUAUCCAUUUAUGCUUACCUUUGUGCCUCCAGCUGGAGGUCCUCACAUUUGAGCUGCAGAGAUCUGUUUAACUCUUUAUGACAAGAUUAUGUGUGUUAACACUGUAAAUAUAUCUGAUAACAAAGCUUACAUGUAAUUUAUGGGCUCAUUGUUUGGUUUAGACUAGAGUACCUUCCUUUUCAUUCAGGGUCCCCUCCAACUGUAGGGCUUCAGCAGUUACUGCAACAAAAAAGUACACUCAUCUUUCCCGUAUUACUCUCAUUGGUAGUUGAUACUGUGUGAAUCAUACAUUUGAGGUUAAUGUGAGUAUAUACAUACAUGCAUCUUCCUCCUCCUUCCUAGCACAUCUGAGGAGCAUAGUUUCCUUAACUUCAUCUUCAAGGUUUUUCUUGGCUGAAAUCAAUAUAUGGGUGUUUAAUUUUUGCUUUAUAAAAUGUGUUGAUUUACACUCGGAUUGACUGACUGGCUGAUUAACAGUCUAAUUGACCUUGUUGCAGCUUCCUGAGUUUGAUUAACAGCUCCGCUGGUUUCGGUUCUGCCCGCCUACCUAUAAAAAGACCAAUUGUUUUGUAAGAAAUACAAAGGCAUUAAAUCCCAUUGAGUGGACAGAGAUAAAAGAUCUGGUUUAUGGGUUAGGCCCUCACCAUGUAAUGAGACAAAUUGUGAAAAGUGACAGACUCGUCGGUUUAGUAGGAUUGUUUUUUAUUUACUUAUAUUAUUUAAAAUUGACUUAGAUGUAAUAAAAAUAAUGAAUAUAUUAGCUCGUUAAUGAGUCAUGUCAUACCUGGGCUUUCUGGAGUCUUUAUAAUAUCUUCAAUGUUGAAUGAUGACUCUGUACAAAACAAUAAUUAGCAAGCUGCAGUACUCGAAAAUCAAACUCAACCUGCUUAACGUUAGCUGACUAGCCAACACAUCUACACAAUAACAACCCACCAAGUAUCACACUCAUUACGACGCCAGUUGAUAAACUUUUAAAAUAUAUAUAUGUAUAUAAAUAUAUAUAAAUGUGUGAGGUAAAUAUAUUGAGGGGAAUGUGAACGGCUCUUUAGAGGUCAGUUGGCAGGUCUUCCUCGGCUCGCGCAUCUGUCUUUUGAACAAACUCUUCUCGUAAAAGCCCGCUUUAUUUAAAUGUAUGUGUAAUAUAAAUUAUUGUGUGAUAAAUUAAGUUUAUUCUUUUAAAAAUAAAUAAAUAUUGAUUAAGCAAUAAUUAUAGAAUUUACUUCACUCUAGUCUCACUCUACAGUUCACGUAACUUUAGUUGGUUGUAAAUUGGUCAUUUGGCGCGAUCACCUGGUAAAACAUGGUACUGCAAAAAAAUAAUAAACCGUGGAAAAUGGUACUUUUCUUGCAUUCUUUUAUUACAAGCUUUGCAUAAAAGCUGCACUAAACACUCACCACUGCAGCCUUUUCCAGUAUAGUAAAUACAUAUUUGGCCUACAAAAUGUCUAGUACAUUAUCACACCAUUCAGAUUAUAGGUUUGUGAAAAUAAUUUUAUUAAAGAAAUAGGAAUUUACAAUUAAAACAGUUGCAACACAAAUAUUAAAACUUGUGAUAACAUGAACUUUAAAUUCAAUUCUUAUAGUCGUGACAAAAAUGAAGAAAUACUGUCAAAAUGUUCCUGUCUGAUUCUAAAAAUAAUUACACUUCGUCUAACAACAAUACUAACUUAUCCAUUAUAAAGUG